AUGUCCUUCUCCAACUUGGUCCACGACCUGAGCUACCGCGACCGUCCUACUUCUACCAACACCAACACCACCGCCGACACACGAGACAACCGCUCCACCUACUCUCGAGCGAGAUCUUAUGCCUCGACCGCUGCGACCAGCGUCAGCAUCAGCGGCGACAUCUCAAGCCAUCUCCAUGGCGGCUACUCACAUCCUCUUGCGCGAGCAUGGCAAGCCGAACGCCAACUGACAAAGAGCAUGCUCAUCUACCCACUCUUCAUCUCUGACGAACCAGACGACGAGACCGUAAUCCCCUCCCUACCCGGCCAGAAGCGCAUGGGCUUGAACAAGCUCGUCUCAUUCCUCCAACCGCUCAUCGCCAAAGGCCUCAAGAGCGUAAUCCUCUUCGGCGUUCCCUUGGCACCUACAGCCAAAGACCCCCUCGGUACCGCAGCAGAUGAUCCCAAAGGCCCCGUGAUAGCCGCUAUCCGUCUCCUACGACGUGCUUUCCCUCAUCUCUUCAUCACCUGCGACGUCUGCCUCUGCGAAUACACAAGCCAUGGGCAUUGCGGUAUUCUCCACGAAGACGGCUCCCUGAACAAUAACCUCUCCGUCGACCGCAUCUCCGACGUCGCAAUGGCAUACGCCGAAGCAGGCGCCCACUGCGUAGCACCCUCCGACAUGAACGACGGCCGCAUUCGCGCGAUCAAGCUGAAACUCAUCGAAGCUGGAAUCGCCCACCGCGUCGUCCUCAUGUCCUACUCCGCCAAAUUCUCCGGCUGUCUAUAUGGCCCCUUCCGCGACGCAGCGGGCUCUUGUCCUUCGUUCGGUGACAGGAGAUGCUACCAAUUGCCCCCAGGCGGGAGAGGUCUGGCGAGAAGAGCAAUCCAAAGAGAUAUCAACGAAGGAGCGGAUAUCAUCAUGGUGAAGCCAGCCACACAAUACUUGGACAUCAUCUCCGACGCGAAAGAGAUCGGGAAGGAUAUGCCCGUUGCUGCCUACCACGUCAGUGGAGAAUACGCCAUGAUCCACGCAGCGGCCAAAGCUGGCGUUUUCGAUUUGAAGACUAUGGCGUUUGAAGCAACAGAAGGAAUUUUGAGAGCGGGCGCUACGAUUGUGGUGUCGUAUUUCACACCCGAUUUCUUGGACUGGUUGGAGAACUGA